CUGUGUUAGGUCAGUUUCGUUUCAUCGGUCGUGAGUGGUUCUGCUGUAAAUAAAGCUUUAAAGAUGGGCGCAUCUAAUGGCAAACCUCUGAAAUGUCCUUUGUGUCACGAGGACUGUCGGGAGCAGGUGACGCUGGCCUGCGCCCACAGCUUCUGUCGGGCUUGCAUCAGAGAGUUAUGGAGCGGAUCUCCGACAGGACCAUAUUACUGCCCCGAGUGUAGGUACGAGUACCAGCAUCUGCCAGACUACACGGACGGAGCGUCAACAUCUACAGCCACAACAAACACACAUUGGCCAUUCAGAAAUAAGCUGUACGACCGGCACUCGAAGAAAUGGCACAAGAAGAGGAAGUACAGUUCAGCAUUCCACAGUGGUGGAUACAGACUGGGAUCAGCACCAUCUAGUAACACCGCCAGUGACUUUAAUGUAAUCAACAUCAAUGACUCUGACGAAGACACAUCAAUACCACGUAAAAGAAAGGCCGCAGGAGACGAUUGUUCUUCUGGAAGCCACUCUUCAUCAGUGGAUAGGGGGACCUCCUAUGCACAUGACACAUCCUCACAACGCACAACUCUAGAAACAAAUGAGAUCUCAUCUCCACAUGUAGAAUCAUCUCCUGAGAGAAACACAAUUUCCCCCCAGCAAGACCAGCAUGCUAUGGCUUCCAGCAGUGAGACCGGCUCACCCAGGACAAGCAACACACCUCAGCGAGAGACAACCCCUUUACCAGCUACCUCUCAUACACCUGAAAGGCAGGAAGAGCCCAUCAGGAUCUCUCCAGCAGCAUCAUCAGAUAGUCUUCCCAGGAGCAGUUCUGUGUCUUGCCAUUACUGUCCCAGUUCAGAACAGAAGGUGGCGGUAAAGACCUGCCUGGUUUGUGGGGCCUCCAUGUGCUCCGAGCACCUACGGGCACACUUGGAGAAGCCGGUGUUCAAGAGUCACCCGCUGGUGAACGCAGUGGAGGACGUGUCUCUUUGGAGAUGCCAGGAGCACCAGGAGAUGAACCGGAUCUACUGUCGAUCGUGUGCAGUGUGUGUAUGUACGGUGUGUUCCCUAGUCGGGUCGCACAAGGGGCACGAGUGCAUCAGCAUCCGCGAGGCAGAGCAGCAGCUCAGGGGCUCACUGAAGGAUGAGAUGAAAAAAAUACAAAAAACGGAAAAGUCCAUUCAAGAAAAACUCGCUGAGCUCAGAGAGAAAAAAUGUGGUGUCCAGGCAGGGUUGGAGGACGUGCGGGCGGCCGUAUUACAGCAGUAUCAUGCCAUGCGGGAGGCUCUGGAGCAAGAGCAAGAGCAGGCAUUACUCUGUGUGACACAGGAAGAGAGCAGAGUGCUGGGAAGCAUUGAAAAGCAGCUGGACACAUUACAGGGUGCCGUGAUAUCUAGCCAGAGCAUAUUAAACACACUGCAGGGAAUGACCAGUGCCGAAGGGGCAUCACAUUACCAGGACCAGGCCUUCAUCAUGGAAUACAGCAAGAUGGCAGGACAACUGACUGAGUUGUCUGAUCCUGUGCAAAAUCUUGAGCCUCCUGAAGAGCUAAACCAUAACCGACUGGAUUGUCUUAACGACUGGACCGAGAAGAGACUGGAAACUGUGCUCAUAUCACUGCCUCAUCGAGACCCCUUCAGACUGCUAUAUGGGAUAAGCCCAACUCUAGAUCCUGACACUGUCCAUCCAAAGCUGCUUUUGUCAGAUGAGAAUAGGACGGUGCAGUACAGCGAGACCCAACAAGACUACCCCGACCAGGAAUCCCGCUUCAACACUUUCCCUCAGGUGCUGGGCUCUCGUGCCAUAGACGGAGGCUGCUGCUAUUGGGAAGUGGAGGUCUCUCUAGAUGAGGGCCGCUGGAAGGUGGGCGUCUGUGAUGGACAGAUAGGCAGAAAGGGGCAAAAGGACAUCUGCCGUAUUGGCUUCUACCCUAAUUCUUGGUGUUUAAUUUAUGAGAAGGGAAAGGUGGAAGCCUUACAUGAUAAAGUGGCAUCACCUGUGUGUUCCGCUGAGCUCUGGAAGGUUGGGGUCCUGCUGAAUUUUAAUGAGGGUCGCUUGUCUUUUUAUAGCGUGGCCAGGGAGGGAUCUCUUUCUUUGCUCUACAGUUUUGAGCAUGCGUUCACUGAGCCACUGUAUCCGGCGCUGGCAGUUUCUAAAACUCAGCUCAGCAUCUGUGAUAUUUUUACCAAGACCACUACAGACUAGACUAUGGUUGUGUUUUUUUUUUAACUUUUUAUUAUAAUGGUAAAGGAAUAGUAAACGCACACGCACGCAAAUGAAAAUUUGCUGUUAUGUUUACUGUUUACUCAUCCUUAGGCUAUCCAAGAUGUAGAUGACUGUCUUUCUUUAGCAGAACAGUAAAACAGAUUUUUAGUUGAACCUAUGGUGGCCUGCGGGUGAGUAAAUAAAAAGAAUUUUUUUAUUUACUAUUGAAUUAUUCCUUUAAGCAACACAAAUCACUAUGACAUUCCAAAAAACAUCAUUCCAGUAGUCGUGAGGUCUUGAAAACAAUGGCCUAUUUUUUUCUUUAUGAUUGAUUUAUAAUGAUGGUAUUUGCAGAUUUUUAAUAUGUGAGAUUUACAUAUCUGAGCUCUAUUUCCAUUUCAGAUAUAUGCUUUAUAUAUCCAUUUAUAUAUCCAUUUAUAUAUCAAUUGGAAUGGUGUUUUUUCAAAACAAUCUUGCACAGCAUUUUUACUUUUUUCAGCCAUUUCUUAAACGUCCUUUUAUGUUUUUUAGGAUUCAUUUUAUAACUUUAGAUAAAUUUGUAUUUUUAUAUUGAGUAAAAUGUAAAAUUGCACUGUUUUUACAUUGUACACUUAAAUCAAAUGAAGGCCAGAAGAAAUAUAUGUCUGAAAUCCGUUGAAGCAAAGCAUUUCUACAAGUUUCAAUGAAGACAUUGCAAAUGAAAUGAGAUUUUCAGUUAAUUUCUGAAUUCUCAUAGUCUUAUUUGAAGCUAAAAUGAAUGUAAUAAUGCGUUUUUAAACAUGUAACAUGUUUCCAUUUAUUAUCCAGGGUUCUUUUUAUAAGUUUUUUUUUUUUUGACAGUAUCUCAAGCAAUUUUCAGGUCAUUCCAAACAUUCUGCCAAUUUUGAACUACUGUUGGAAGUGUAAUAUUUCAGCCUGUGUAUAUUAUUGAUAUUCUAUUUUAACUCUAGGUGGCAGUCUUGUUCAAUAUCUAAACGUUGACAUUUAAUUAAUUUCCAUUGCUUGAACUGUGCUACAAAGAUUAAGGAAUUAAAUUCAAUGUUUCUUAAAAAUAGUCUGAUUAUUUUCAAUGUUUUCUGUUUCAUAGAUGUUAAACAAGCACAAAUGCUGUUUUUCUUCACUGUAUUGUGUUGUCGGAAAACCUUUCUCUUUUAUGUGUUUUUUAAAUAACAAUGUGCCCUUUUAUUUUCAUUUGAACCGCUGGCGGAGGAGUCCAUCAGGUGCAAGACAAAGUGAGUCAUCUGUUCCGAGAACAGCUCUCUGUACCCUCACACAAUUAAUUUCAAAUCAAUACAAAUUGCCUGGUUUAUAAAAACAAAUAACAAGUGAAGAAAACAUUACAGUGAAGAGGUGAUAAGACCAUUUUGGCAAGUCAAUACAUGCCUGUAUUGACAGAUUCAAACAACUUCUGCCAUUGUAAUAAAUUAUUCGGUAUAUUGUACAUUUUUUAGUAAAUCCAAUUCAUUUGAUUG